AUGCGUUUCAUCCAGCUCCUCCCCAUCCUCCCAGCGCUUGCUGCGGCGCAAGAGCAGGUUCCCAUCGCGGAUCGUGUCCAGGGUUGGUUCAACAAAGCCAAGUCUUAUCUGCCCACGGCUACUCCAGUGAUCCCCGCCCCUGUUGAGAAGGUGGUCGAACAGAAGAUUCAAGAAAAGACUGUCACCCCUUUCAACCUGUCCAACUGGCAAUCCCUUCUGGCACCAUCUGAGGAGCCUAAGGACUGGUUCGUCUUCAUUACCGGCGGAAACAAGACAUGCUUUGGACGUUGUCAUCAAGCGGAGAAAUCGUUUAAUGAAUCCGUUCUCCUGUUCUCUGCUGAUCCGACCUCGCCCAACCUUGGUUACCUGGACUGCGAAUCGAACAGGGUCCUAUGCUCUGCUUGGGCCGCUGGUUCUCCGUCCGUUUCGUACUUCAAGGUCCCUGCUCAGGUCGGCGAGGAGCGCCCUGCCACCGCUCAGUACAAUGUGUACUUCAACGCGACAACUGUAACGGCCGAGUCCCUUUACAAGAUUCACUCUGAGAAGACCUAUGAGAAGAGGGGCGAGUACGAGGGCUCCUUCCACGCCACGGAUAGCUGGCUUGCGGAGCGGGGACUCUUGGUCCCAGCAGGUUAUGUUAUCUAUGCAUUCAGUGCAAUCCCGAGCUGGCUCUUCAUGAUCUUCAUCAGCUUCUUCAGCCGGUCUAUGAUCUUCAACACAUCUUCCAAAAUGGCCGACCUAGAUCGCAUUCCCCCCUCGACAACGGCAUAUGUAGUCGCUACAGCCAUCAUCGCCGGUAUGACCGGCUACUUUAUCGGACAAGGCUCCUCGCUAGGCCUGUUCUCUUCGAAAGAGAAAGAAGGGUGGCCAAACAGCUACAAUGUGAAAGUGCACCAAGACUCCUCGGACGAAGAGGCGGAAGAGGAAGAAUCCGACAGCGAGGACGAAGGCGAUGGAAGCGAAUUGGCCAACUUCGACAAAAGUGCUGAAGAAGUGAAGUUGGUUCUGGUUGUGAGGACCGAUUUGGGCAUGACGAAGGGCAAAAUCGCCGCUCAAUGCUCCCAUGCCACUCUCGCCUGCUACAAGUACCUCACCGCGCACUCGCCGAACUCGUCUAUGCUGCGCCGCUGGGAAUCGCAGGGACAGGCUAAGAUCGCGCUACAGACCAAGUCGGAGGAGGAAAUGGAGACCCUGCAGGCGCAGGCUAUCAGCCUGGGUCUCUGCGCCAGGGUCAUCACAGAUGCGGGCCGGACACAGAUCGCCAGUGGAAGCAGGACUGUGCUUGGAAUUUUGGGACCAAAGAGUGUGGUCGACGGCGUGACGGGACACUUGAAGUUGUUGUAA